AUGUUAUCAGUGGAGAACAGGGCUCCCUUCGAGCUCGAUCGCAUACUGGGUAAUGCAGAAGUUGUUGGAAAAUAUCAUGGGAUGCGCUGCUCGAUCAUGGAAACGAGCCUUUCUGCAUCUCCUUCCGUUUGUGGUCUUCGCCCUUCUCUCACACUGAUGGCCACAGUUCUACGCAUUUGCGACAAUCAGGACAAUGCUUUGCUUGACUCCAUCGUUGGAUGCCGGAUUACCUGA